AGAUCACACCAUACACUAGCAGGGCUGUCCUCAGUGAAGCCGAACAGAGGCAUUAAAAGUUCAGCCUAGAAAUUCGGAAAGAUACGAGCUGCCGAUAUUUUUUGCUACGACGCGUUGUCGUUCCGCAUUUUCACCUUUAUUCCGUAGCGGAAGCGACUACCUCCUGCUCCUCAAAGUCGAGCAGUGCGUGCUCUGCUGCACAAACAGUCACAAAAACGAAUACGGACGGUCUCCCCAGUUGUUCGACGGUAAAACAAAGACACCGAGGAAAAGGAGAGCGUCUCGCGUCCUCUGACGACCGGGCUUCAUCACGAGGUCACACUUUUCCAGGCGAGCAAAGCUUCAGGAGUCUGUUCAUCGGGAAUAGGCCAAGUCCACGAUAGCGCAAGAAGCUAAAGAAAGGUAGCAAAAAAUUACUGAUCGAGCGGUUGUAGUUGAGAGGACACGGAAAACUACACACUGCUCGACAAGCGGAAGCACGGGCAAUCGCAGGAACGACGCGUAAAGCAGUACUUGUCGAGACCGAUUUCUCAUCUCCGCCAUCACAGAAGCUGCUGCAAACCAAAUCGACUGACGUAGGAAGGGGAUUAACUCACGCGCAAGAAGUUUAUUUUGCGGUGCCGGGUAGCUUCCCUACUGAGCGUGGUAGCAACCAGCAGGUCUGCAGAAGGGUCCGAGCGAAAACGGCCUGCACCUUUUCAGUCAGCAGAACGUCCACGGAAGAACGAAGCUCAACCCAGUUGCUGACGUCAGAAAGAAAAGAUAUCCAUCGGAAGACGUCGUGCCGACGAGACGAAAACAAAGACGUCAAGCAGCAGACCCAUCGCAGAACUUGCUGAAACCGUCGCGCUCAUCGACGUCCGUGAUCUUACGUGCCGGUCGCAGCUGCAAAUUAACUCGAAUCUCGCAGUCGUAGUCGAGGUCGAGCGGGUGCAUCACCAAUCUACGUCAAAAGAAGACCGCUGGUCGUUCCGUGAGGGCUUGGCCCACCACCGCCAGCCACCUGCACCUCCCAUCUACUGUAAAACCGCCGCGAGGAGGUUAAAGAUAAAGCAAAUCUUGCUUUUAUUCGGCUCAUUCGUUCUGGACAGUGGAGUGGUACAACUUCAAGUCUGCUGCUAAGCGAAGAUGCAGAAGCGUCAGGUCGGGGUGGAAAUCAUCUACGACUAUGAUGAGGGCAAGUACUACAAGUUCGACCAACGCAAUGGGGAUACGGCGCUGUGCGACGUGCAGGGAAAGCCGGUCCCACGGUUCUACAAGGUAUUCAUGUGUGGUGUCACGAAACUUUUCAAAAUGAUUUUGAUGUCGUCCUCGCUAGCCUUACUUGCUUACGCCGUUCUCGUUUUGAAGAUGCGUCAAUACAUGAUCAGCAUGUACCUGAGCACCGUUGUUUAUCAUCAACAAAAAACAGGACUACUCUGGGUUUGCCACCGUGUUUGAUCGAAAGACGGAUGGCAGAUUCGACGAAGUGGAGGGCUUGCAUUCCAUCGAAGAAAUACCCAAAUACCUCGGAAGACCUGCAAAGUAUGUGCUGUUCUUAGCUUGUUUGUUGGAUCGUGUUCAUUCUGUCGCAUGUUGUCGCAAGGGCAAAUUCUAGUCUACAGUGUUUUUUUGCAUUUGGUAAUCACAAUCAAGAAGUAGAAGUUUUUCAACUAAACAAAUCACAGGUAUGUCGGAUACCAGCAAGUUCCCAGGCCGGGAAUCAAGAUGGCCGCAGCCAGUGACGAAUGUGCCUAUACCCUGCCAACGUAUAGUUUUUUGUUUCACUUUCACUUUCACCCGGCUAGAAUUUUGCAAUGCCACCAACCAUUCAAAAGUACCAACCUGCGCGCACUAUUACGUGUACGAAGACACCUGGCUCCACAAAAACACAAACAGGUACCUCGAGCCCAUUCCGCCAAAACUGGGUAAAGUGUCCCUGAAGGUGAAGGUCGACACGAAAAGAAAGUCCCUCCCGAGCAGGAUACGAGCGCUGCCAAGUUUUCUGCACACCCUGGACAGCCAGUACGCGGAAUCGCUGUCCUUGAAUCACUACCUCGGCAAGACCUUCCCGGGCAUGCGGAACAGCGGAGACGUGGCCGCGUUGAAAGCCGAGAACAAGGCCACCGUCAUGAACGACGGGAUAGACCUGAUGGGCGAGUUGCGGAAGCACCGCAUGCCAACCAAAAACAAAUUCGCAGCCAAAAGGCCACCGUAUUGCUUACAAUUGACGCGUUUUUGCUUGCGUUUUGUUCAGGAUUACUUAGAAACUGGAACUGCUUAGUCUGUACGAUCUUGAAGUCAUGCUGGUCUCCAUGUUAGUUAGCGAAGCUGAAAUGGAUUUUGUGCAAAUCAGGUUCACGGGGCUGGAGAUCAAGAAUAAGGAAAAGCAGAGGGACCGCAAAAUGAACCCAAAGCGCGCCUACCUGGACGACCUUGCCCAAGAAGAAGACGUGGCUGCAGUGAACAAGAGAAGACGAGACCGGUAUCCGGUCUAUUUCUCAGAAAAGGACGCUAGGGAAGCGGCGCUAGGAAACGUCUAGGUGAUGCAGCAAACUGGUGCAGACAUUGCAUACAAAUCCUUCCCUAUCGAAAAAUGUUCUUUCAGAACUCGCGAACAACAGCUAAAUAUGAACAAUGCACUGAAACUCUUGUACCAGAAAGAAACUGUUUUGAGACUACAGUAACCACAACCUCGUACAAGAUUUUGGCUGCUUCAGUUGCACAACAAUGUUGGUUUGUAAACAACUUCUGUACGAUAAGGACGCUGUUCGGCUUCGGCGGGUAUUCAAGAAGAAGGCACCAGCUCCAUUCAU